AUGUCGAAUGGUGCAGAAAACAACACGAAGUAGCAUUCGGCGCACCAUAUUAUGACACGUGUCCGGCGCAUUAAAGCAAACACCGACUUCCUCCGCGUACAUCUAAAGCAAUUAAUGCCUGGUGAAUGAAUCUUCUCGAACUUGUGAUUACAGUGACUACUGACACCUGCGAUUCAGCUCUUCGCAUCUCAUUCUCCGUCCGAUUCUUCCAAUAAUCACAAGAAAUUGUUAGUAGUAGCUGUCUUAAGAGUCAUCCAAGUUGUGCAAUUUGUCAUCAGUUUUGGAUUUUGUGUGCCAUGCCGGCACUCCCAAACGUUGGUGCCUCUAUGUACAAGAGAAUGCCGUCUAGGGACGGUACAAAUUCAGUUGAUCUAGAAGAUGAUUCUGAAUAUUUGCAGGAUGAUAUGGUCCAAGAGUAUACAGAUCCACCUUUAAGACAUUCUUUGCCUCAUGUGCUUGUGGCAUCUAUAGUCUCUUUUUUAUUUGGUUACCAUCUUGGGGUAGUAAAUGAACCACUUGAAAGUAUAUCCCAUGAUCUUGGUUUCAACGGGAAUAGCUUGGCUGAAGGUCUGAUAGUUAGUACGUGUCUUGGUGGCGCCUUUGUGGGGUCCCUGUUCAGUGGUUGGAUUGCUGAUGAAUUUGGGCGCCGCAGGACGUUUCAGUUAUGUGCUUUGCCUAUGGUCAUUGGUGCUGCUUGUAGUGCAACAACCAAUAGUUUGACUGGGAUGCUACUUGGGAGGUUCAUUGUUGGAAUCGGGCUGGGUAUCGGUCCACCUGUCGCAGCGCUCUAUAUCACAGAGGUUUCACCUCCUUCAGUGCGUGGUACUUACGGUAGCUUUAUUCAAAUUUCAACAUGUUUAGGGUUGUUAGGGGCUCUUUUGAUAGGGAUCCCUGUCAAGAGUAUCUCAGGCUGGUGGCGUAUUUGCUUUUGGUUAUCUACUAUUCCAUCUACGGUGCUUGCUCUUGCUAUGAUAUUUUGUGCAGAGAGUCCACAUUGGCUUUACAAGAGGGGAAGAAACACAGAAGCAGAGGUGGAGUUCCAGAAACUUCUAGGACCUGCAAACGUCAGAUCAGCAAUGGCAGAGCUUUUGAAUUCUGACAAGGUGGAUGAAAAUGAUACCGUUAGUAUUUCAGAACUGAUUUACGGGCGUCAUUUUAGAGUUGUGUUUAUUGGAUCAACCCUGUUUGCUUUACAACAGCUAUCAGGAAUAAACGCCAUAUUUUAUUUUUCUUCAACUGUAUUUCGAAGUGCUGGAGUUCCUUCAAACCUUGCAAACGCCUUUGUCGGGAUUGUCAACCUAUUUGGAUCUAUCAUUGCACUUCUUCUUAUGGAUAAACUUGGGAGGAAGGUUCUCCUUCUAUGGAGCUUCUUUGGCAUGGCUGUGUCUACAGUCUUUCAAGUAAUUGCAGCAGGUCUGUUUUCAUCAACAUCUGGAGCUCUUUACCUCUCUGUUGGUGGCAUGCUAAUGUUUGUGUUUUCAUUUGCUAUUGGAGCUGGUCCUGUUCCUGGUCUCCUCCUCUCAGAAAUAUUUCCAAGCCGAAUAAGAGCAAAAGCCAUGGCCUUCUGUAUGUCUGUGCAUUGGGUGUUCAAUUUCAUGGUGGGUUUACUAUUCUUGCGUUUGCUGGAGCUAAUGGGCCCGCAACUGCUGUACGCGAUGUUGGGCACGUUUUGUUUGAUGGGGGCCGCAUUUGUAAAAAGAAACGUGAUGGAAACAAAAGGAAAAACGCUACAAGAAAUCGAGAUCGCUCUUUUGCCACAAGAUUAGGUCAAAGUUUGACCCAUUUACGCCUAAUGUAAGUUGAUGGCAUAGCUGCUUGUUCAUCUUGCAUAAGCAAGUUCCACAACAGAGCCAUAUAUGUAAGUGUGUUUGCUACUCUAUUAGAAAAGUUAUUAGAAAGAUGGUUUGUGUAAAGUAACACCAAGUUCGAUUGACAUGUGUGCGAGCGUUUGCGCGCACCCUUAUGUGUGAGAUGCUAGAAAGUUGUACGGCUUUUCAGAGAUGGUAAAAUGGAUGGGUCAGAUUGCCAAAA